CAGCGACUAAACAACAACAAAAUAAAUAGCAGCUGGCAGUGCGCGUGAGGAGAGGGGAGCGGGCUCGCGUUCGUUUGCUAUGGCUAAUCAGGGUGGAUGCGACGGCCCGGAUGCUUCAGAGGUGGAGCCGGUGGGCAAGAGCGCCGGCGAGACUUCCUCCCGAUCACUCAACUCAGGUGGAGGAGAGAUGGCGGAGAAAGAGGAAGAGCAACCUUCGGGAGUCCGACACCCUGCAGGCAAUUAUCCGCUGUGUCGUAUAUCAAAGCUGAUUAACUGGAAAAGACCAUUAUGGACUUCCGCUUUCUUCCUAACUACAAAUAUAGCGUUUUGGCUUGUUUCCCUCAGUCCCUGUCGAGUGUUCACCCUCAUCUCCAUGUCUGUAUCUCUCUUAGUGAUUAUACAGCUAAUGAGAGAUGUGGCUCUUUCCAGAUCAAGAGGAGCUGCUCUGUGGAAGAGUAUGACGAGCAGAGCUUUUGAGAUGAAGGCUGAAGACCAUGGAUCAGCAUUGAGCUGGGAGGUCAUUGAUUCUGUCCAGGAGGGCAAGUCUGGAUCAGGAUCUCCAUUCACGGACUUCUGGACAAGCCUCAAGCUGUUCAUUGAGGAGACUUCCUCUUUUAAGCAGCAGAAUCCAGGCAAGUUCUGUCUGCUGGUGUGCAGUAUGUGUUCCUUUCUGGCAAUACUUGGACGUUACAUUCCAGGGGUUGUUAUUUCAUACAUCUUAGUGCUGGGCAUUUUUCUCUGGCCUUUGGUGUCGUCACAUGAGUUUGGGAUGUGGUUGGAACCAGUUCUGCAGAAACUGGACUUCGGAGUGGGCGAGUUCCUUCAGAAAAUCAAAGAGAAUCAUGAGAAAAGGAUGCUCCAGUCACAAGCCGAGAGAGAGAGCAUUGAAGCAGAUCUGUCUGCACUUUUCCCUAAGAUGGACUCCACUGUGUGCAAAGAGCUGUCUAUAUCAGACACAGAGGUUUCUGACGUAACAUGGACAGACAAUGGCACCUUUAACCUUUCAGAGGGAAACACGCCUCAGACAGAGAACUCUGAGGGGGACGAGGAGGUCUUCACCGGUGGACUACCAGAGUUUCCCUCCCUGGACAAUGGCUUGGUGACAAACGGAGAGGACAGUGAAGACCUGAGCAUUGGGAUGCCCACCCCUUCAGCCCAUCCCAGCAGGGUCGGGUCCACACAGUCAGAGGAGGAACCUGCGGUCCAGGCCCUGGGGGUUGUGCAGAGGCUGGCUGGAGACGUAAUUACGGCAGCAGUCACCGCGGCCAUGAAGGAACGCCUGGAGGCGGCGGUAGCGCCUGCACUGGUCCAGGCCCUGGCCGAGGAAUCGGACAGCGAGGCAGAGGACUUUGAGUUGUUGGACCAAUCAGAGCUGGAACACCUGGAAGGCGAGCUGGGGCUGGACAGGGCGAGCCGCGCAGAUCCGUCUAAACCUAGCAAACCGUCUUCAGGCUUUCUGUCCAAACUACUGGGGCGCCACUGAUCUUAUUCAGAGGGGCGUCCGCUUCCCUCUGUGAUGGGAUGUGGGUGGGAGGAUAAAUGUUGGGUUUACAGGGCAAGGUCCAGAGUAAUGAAGGUAUUCCAUUGUUUUACUUUGCCAGUGUGAUUCGGUUAUUUUGCUAUAAAAACAAAGUCAAUCUUUGGAAGGGAGGUUAAUUGUGUAUUUCACCGGGAAUGUGAUAGUGGCUGGUUUUGGCGUAGCUCCAUCUCAGAGGGUCAUUGGAGGAAAUCAUUUUCACAAUGUUUCCUGUUAACCUCCAACCGCCAAUGACCAGAGGGUUAUGGACCAGAGUAAUGUCAUUAGUUUAGCUGUUAAAGGGCUGGUAGAUGCAGGAUACUCCAUAUUUUGCUGCCAAAUAUUUUUUCUCUAUUCAACUUCACAUCAUUUCUCCCUUAAAAAAAAAAAAAAAAAAAAAAAAAAAAAAGCUUAAUGGCCAAAGACAAAGGGCCUCCCACUAACUGACAAUCAGGACAGCACUUAAGCAAACAGAAACACCUUCUAAUGAAGUACACAUGUGGUAAAUAUGUAUUUUUAUUCAAAAUGUUUUUUUUUCUAAUUUUUUUUUGUUUUUUUUUUUUUGUAUUUUUUAAUGAAGGAUUUUUGAAAAGCCGGUGGUCUUAGUGUAAACCUUUGCAUGGAUAGUCAUGUUUGUUUCUAUUUGCACCUUCCUUUAGAGUGAACCAACUAGGCACUAGAGCACAUUGGCACCAAAGUUGAACAGAUUGUUUUAUAUUCAUAUAAAUAUUCAUCAAAUAGUGCUUAAAGGAAUGGUUUACCCAAAAAUAAAUAUUCUGUCAUCAGUAGUGUUUAACCCUUGUGUGUCAAUUAAAAAAAGUUACAUGUAGGUCUAUAGGGGACAAAAAUGUCUGUGUCAAACCCAUAAAUCAAAGCCAUAAAACUAAACAAGAUAUGUUUAAAAUUUGAAGUUGAUAUUUUAAAAAAUGAGCUUUCAGUAAGAUCUUGUUUGGACGCAGUACCAAAUUUUCCCCAUUAGAUGCCAGCAAAACUCACACACACAAUUUUUUUUAUUACACACAUACAAACCACACUCUCACAUCCAUACCAACACACCCACACAAUUAUAGCUGCAUAAUUUAUCCAAAUGGCUCUAUAAUAUGCAUAAGCAUAAAACAAGAAUAAAGCGAGUAUUUGCUUUAUAGGCCAAACCUGAGAAAAUGGCACCAUCUGGUAAAAAAUUGUGUAAAUUUAAAUUUUGAAGAAUUGCCAACAAAAUAAAAGCCUCUUAACAAAGAUUUAAUCAUUUUAUAAUGGCCCUGGGAUUAAAAAUUGCAGUUGGCAUUAACACAGGCAAAAUGAUAAAAAACAAAACAAAACAAAAAAAACUGAAAAAGACACAAAUGCCCAUAAGGUCGCACAAGGGUUAAUGUUGUUUUGGACCCCACUGACUUUCAUUUUAUAGAUAAAAUCGAAUUGAACAUCUUCAAAAUGUCUUCUUUUGUAUUCCACAAAAACUCACACAAGUUUGGAAUGACAUGAGGGUGAGUAAAUAAUGAUCAUUUUUGGGUGAACUAUCUCUUUAACAAACACAAAUAACCUUAAUAUUCAUUUUCAGUCAAAAGUAACAUGGAAAAUGUAUUUAAUCCCUAAAAACAAUGUAGAGAGAAGACAAUUGCACUUUCAGUCAAUCACACAAAUCAAAAUGUCUCUUUGGGGGAUCAUUAUUUGCUUUCUGUGAGAAAGUAGUCUUUUAUCAAUUUACCCAUUAUUCAUAAUUGCCUUUUCAUCAAUGCAAGUACAGUGGCACAUAUAGCCAAGACUGUUUCUGUUCACAGUGUGGUGCUUGGUGUGUAUCUAAAUUUAGUGUUUCUAACAAACUACUGAUGUAUUAUGAAUUUUGUUUUGAAAUGUAUCAACCGCUUUCUAUAAUAACGUAGCUGAAUAUGAAUUUCUGCCACUCACUAUGACUGCUAUCCAAAAUUGAUUCUAAUCAGGUGUCAGUUUGAUCAUUUUUUUUUUAUUUAAAAAUAUUAUUUAUUCCUAUAUAUCUCUCUUAUUAGAUAGCUGCCACGCACAUAUGAUCGACUUAUAUGCCUGUGCAAGUUUGUCUGUCAGAGCGGAAGAAAAAUAAUCAAAACAUAGUUAUAAACAAUCUCAAGAAUGUAAUUAAAACAAUAUGAUUCAAA